AUGGGUCCGCAGCCCGGAACGCUAUUGGUAUCGUGGACACCGGUCAGCACACAACCGCUUCCGCCGUCACGUGCCGCUGUACAUUCCUAUCUUGUCUAUGCCGAUGGUCGUAAUAUUGCUCAAGUGCCCAGUGCUAGCGGUCUGUUUCUUUCCAACGUUAUCAAAAUUGCGGAGAUCAACCAAGCAAUCGGUGUGAAUAUUCAGUGA